AUGCCUAACCAGCAUGUUGCCCCCCCCCACCUUCCCGCUUACACAUUACAAGCUCUGCAUCCAGGUCGAAUAUCAGAGUCUAUGAAAAAACGUGGUCGACGACUGUACGGUCGCGUGUUGCAGGACGCAGGCCGCACAACGUCGCGUUGGCGCCCGAGUGCGAGCGCCAGCGCCCAUGACGCACCGAUCGAGAAAGUGGACGGGCGCAAGAUCGAGAUAGCGAUCAUAUUCGCCAUCAUGAAUCCUCGUUGCAGUCGGGAUAGUACGCGAUAUUCACUCGUGGGUACGCGAGAGAUGGGCUUUGCGCCCUCGCUCAGUGGGCGCAGCGUCUACGAAACCACGCUGGCGCUCACUGGUGGGCGUUCAGGCGGCCCUAACGCUUCGCGGCUGUCAGGGUGUCUGAAUGCAAGCCGAUUGAGUGUCCAAGGUACCAGGUCCCUAUAUAGCAUCCUCAGCGUUUCCGGCCUGUGUCCAAGACGCCAUCCGCGCAUCGUCUGUGUCAAGAUAUAUGGUGGCGCAAUCCCACAAGUCGGUAUCGCGGAGUCUCUUGCCCUGGUGACUCUUGGACCUGUCUGUUCAUCAUGA